GGCAGCUGAUGGAGGAGCUGGCGGACGCGCUGCUGUACUGCCACGGGCGCAAGGUGAUUCACCGCGACAUCAAACCCGAGAAUCUCCUGCUCGGCCUCAAGGGGGAGCUCAAGAUCGCGGAUUUCGGGUGGUCCGUGCACGCCCCCUCCCUCAGGCGCCGGACCCUGUGUGGCACCCUGGAUUACCUGCCCCCGGAGAUGGUGGAGGGCAGCAGCCAUGAUGAGAAGGUCGACCUGUGGUGCCUGGGGGUGCUGUGCUACGAGCUGCUGGCCGGGCACCCGCCCUUCGAGAGCCCCUCUGCCGCCGACACCUACCGCAGGAUCACACAGGUGAGCUCACCUGGGCACACCUGGGCACACCUGGGCAUUGAAAUCCCCAUCAAACUGAGCCAAACUGAGCCAAACUGAGCUAAACCCACCCAAACUGCCCCAAACCCGCCCUUGGAGAGCCCCUCUGCUGCUGAUACCUACCGCAGGAUCACACAGGUGAGCUCACCUGGGCACACCUGGGCACACCUGGGCAUUGAAAUCCCCGUCAAACUGAGCCAAACUGAGCUAAACCCACCCAAACUGCCCCAAACCCGCCCUUGGAGAGCCCCUCUGC